AUGGGAUUCAAAUUCAAAACCUUGCGGACUCUUUCCCGGGAAAAGAACAUCCAACAAAAUUUCAAAUUAGAAUUCCAAACCCAACCCAGAACCCAUCAUUCUCACCACCCAAUUGCACAAAAACCCCUCUCUUACCUUGCGAAAGUUCACAAAUUUCAGAGCCCAACGAACCCAAAGUCUGAAACUUUCAGUAAGAUAUCCCAAUUUUACUUUCUGGGUAGGAAUAAGACGCCCUGUUUUGUACACUCAGUUGCAAAUUCUGACGAAAAGGCUCGGUUUGGGGAAGACCAAGGUGACCAAACGGCUAUUUUCAUACAAAACAUCCUCAAGUUUCGAAGGGACAAGCCAGCUGAGGAGAUUGAGCGAGCUCUUGACCGAUGUGGGUUUGUGCUGACAGAGGAUUUGGUUUUGAAUGUGCUCAGGAGGCACAGGUCUGAUUGGAAACCAGCUUAUGUAUUCUUCACUUGGGCUUGUAAAGGUGGAGGAGGAACUGGGUAUUUGCCUGGGUCCGAUUGUUUCAACGAGAUUCUUGACAUUCUUGGCAAAAUGCGGGCUUUUGAUGAGGUUUCCCAAGUGCUCGACGAAAUGUCAAAGAGAGAGGGGCUUAUCAGUGAAGGAACAUAUGGGAUUUUGCUCAAUAGAUAUGCGGCUGCACAUAGGGUGGAGGAAGCAAUUUUUACGUUUUAUAAGAGGAAAGAGUUUGGUCUCGAGCUUGAUUUGGUUGCGUUUCAGAAGCUUUUGAUGUGGCUAUGCCGGUAUAAGCAUGUAGAAGUUGCGGAAACUUUGUUUAACGAGAAGGGGAAAGAGUUUGAACAAGAUAUAAAGACGUGGAAUAUCAUUCUUAAUGGAUGGUGUGUACGAGCAAAUGUACGUGAGGCAAAAAGGUUUUGGAAAGAUAUAAUUGCAUCUAAAUGCAAGCCGGAUCAGUUUACAUAUGCGAUUUUUAUAAAUUCUCUGACCAAGAAGGGGAAAUUAGGAACAGCACUCAAGUUAUUUCGAGCUAUGUGGGAUCAGGGUUGCAACCCAAAUGUGGUGACAUGCAGCUGCAUGAUCGAUGCGCUUUGUUUCAAGAAGAGAAUUCCUCAAGCUUUGGAAGUCUUUCAGGAAAUGAAUGUCCGAGGAUGUCUCCCGAAUGCAGCGACAUAUAAUUCACUGAUCAAGCACCUAUGCAAAAUACGGCGCAUGGAGAAAGUUUAUGAACUUUUGGAUGAAAUGGAGCAGAAGGGUGGAAGUUGCUUGCCCAAUGAAGUAACUUUCAAUUGCUUACUCAAGUCCUUGAAGAAGCCAGAGGAAGUUCCUGGUCUACUGGAGAGGAUGGAGAAAAGUAGAUGCAAGAUGACUAGUGACACAUACAAUUUGCUGUUGAAGUUGUAUAUGGAGUGGGAUUGUGAGGAAAGACUAAGAUAUACGUGGGAAGAGAUGGAGAGAAAUGGGUUGGGACCUGACCAGCGAUCUUAUACCAUUAUGAUUCAUGGGUUCCAUGACAAGGGAAGGAUAAAAGAUUUUUGCGAUAUUUUCGUGAAAUGA